UAUCAGCAAUAGUUAACACCAGUACCGUAACUAAGAGCAUUCUGGUUUGGGAUAUCCCAAGUUCACGAUGCAAAUGUUUUCGAUUUCCAACUCUGUUUUAUGCUUUUCAAAGGUCUAAAGACAAAACCAAGCUAGACGAAAGGCGCUAAUGAUUUAAGCGAGAUAGAACAUUUAUGUUGCCGUUCUGUGAAAAAUAAUAACAACCCGGCUGAAAUACUCUUGAAAUUCUAAACAUUAUUGCAUCGACUUUAAUGUUUUGUAAAUAUGACUUGCAAAAUUUUUCGGCUCUUUUCAAUGAGUUGCAAUGAGUCAUUCUGCGUAAAAAAAUGUAAGUCAUUCUUUUGUAGACUUACGUAAAUUCUUUCUCACCUGACUAGCCCACUCAUCGCCCAAUCAUGCUUCGAUAAAUUUGUCACCCACAAGAUAUGCAAUUCAUUUUUCACACUCCGUCGUUAAGCAGUUCGGCAAACAAACGAUAAUCUGUCCCAGGCCUUAACGGAACCAUUCUAUGCAACAGUUUUGGGGGCAGUGGUAUAUCACAUUUGAAACUAAAUAGUUUACUAAACUAAAUGUUUCAAAUUCUGAAGUGAUAUUUGGAAAAGCAUCGGUUAGGAGGUUUUGUGAAUUGAUUUUUGGUUGUUUGUGUUUUGUUUUUUUUUUGCUGGCGACAUUUAUGCGUUGGAUUAAAAUGUCUCCGUCUAUGAACGCGGAGAGAACGUCUGGUGAAAUCCAGUUUCCCUAUGUUGCGCCGAAAAGGUAAUAAAUUAAUAUUUACCCAAGAACUUUGCUGACGUCAGUGAGAAUCGGAAGAUUCGGUAUAAAACCAUUUCACUGAUCCCAUUCCGGUACCAGUUUUCAACCGUACCUCCCGAGGGUAACAACUUUAGAAGAGACACUGUGGAAUUUUCAUAAUUUUUUUUUCAAUUAUGAUAAAGUUUGUUUGUCUGCUUGCCCUAGUGGCUUUGGCCAGUGCCGCACCACAGUUCAGCCCAGGUUUUCAGCCUUCCCUACCAGGACAGUUUGUUGGUGCUCAACAACCUGUGCCGUUCCCGGUUCGUCGUGUCCGUAGCGUUGACGCCACCGUAGCAGAGAAAGUGAAGGAAGAAACUGCCGCUUCGGAUACUGUUACGAUCGAGGCUGAAAAUAAGGAUGAUAUGGAUAAGGCUGAAACGUUCGGAUUCGGAUACAGUCACUAUUAUCCUUCCUAUGGAUAUGGUGGAUAUGGCGGAUAUGGCGGAUAUGGAGGAUAUGGCGGAUAUGGAGGAUACGGAAGCAUUGGAUACAGCUCAUACCCCAGCUAUGGAGGCUACGGAUAUGGUGGAUAUGGCGGAUACGGCGGCGGUUACGGAUAUCCCUACAGCUACGGUUAUGGUACUCCGUGCUAAAUCCGCCGGGGGCCUAAAUUCUUCCAACCAACCAUCGUCUACUGUACCUGGUCCAUAAAGAAAAUGUUCAUAACCCAUACAAUGUAUGUAAAAAAAACACUAAUAACAGCAAAUCUCUUAUUUUAAAGUUCAUAACUAACCGUAAAUAUUGAAAAUGAUUGUUUCGAUCAUCAUUUUGCACGAUAAUAUACAACUUCAAUAAAACACCUUUAAAUAAAAAA